CAAGCAACAGUAACGUUCCCGAAAUAAGCAACCCUCUAUCUCUCUCCUCUUUCUCUCUCCAUAAAACCAGAUCUCCCAAGUCACUAUUUUCACAAGGCUUAACUAACAAGCAAACCUUAUAGUUGAAGCUUAAAAAAAAAAAAGAAAAUAAAAGAAAAGAAAAGAAGAGAAACUCCCAAAGCAAAAGCAAGUUAAAGAGAAGAGAAUUGCCGAGCCUUCACUCCAAAGCCUCUUGUUUUUAUGUUCAAGAGAUUUUUUUCUUAAAUAAUUUGUUUGGGUCUUCCGAGAAAGCUGGAGCUGAUCAUAAUCAGUUUUAGAGAGAGAAAAAGAUCAUGGGUUCUCUGACUGCUGCUUCUUCUCUCCUCCCAUCAAAGCUAAAACCAAAUAAUAAUUCAUUCUCUCGUAUUCAUGAGCACCAAAAUCGUCUCUUUUCCGCGUCUAGAAGAAAGUCACGAUCCAACAAGAAGAACAAUAUUAACCGUGCUAUUGUUCCUGUUGCAAGGUUAUUUGGGCCAGCAAUAUUUGAAGCAUCAAAGUUGAAAGUACUUUUCUUAGGAGUUGAUGAAAAGAAGCACCCUGGGAAUCUCCCUAGAACCUACACACUUACACAUAGUGAUGUCACCUCUAAACUCACCUUGGCCAUUUCCCAAACAAUAAACAACCCUCAGUUGCAGGGAUGGUAUAACAAGUUACAGAGAGAUGAAGUUGUGGCAGAGUGGAAGAAAGUGAAAGGAAAGAUGUCUCUUCAUGUUCAUUGUCACAUAAGUGGAGGCCAUUUCUUGUUAGAUUUGUGUGCUAGGCUCAGAUUCUUCAUCUUCUCCAAAGAACUUCCUGUGGUAUUGAAGGCCUUCGUUCACGGGGAUGAGAACCUGUUGAAGAACUACCCGGAACUACAGGAAGCCCUGGUGUGGGUUUACUUCCACUCGAACGUUCCAGAAUUCAACAAAGUCGAGUGUUGGGGCCCACUAAAGGAUGCUGCCGAUGGGACCCACAAUCACAACUUUGAUGACAAAGAGAAUAAUAAUAAUAAUAAUAAUAAUAAUAAUAAUAAUAAGAAAAUUAAGGAGGCAACCCCAAUAAGCAACUGGGACUUGCCCCAACGAUGCCAAGAGGAAUGCGAGUGUUGUUUCCCUCCAAUGACGUCUUCUACGGUGGCCACCUUAUAUCAAUGGUCGGAAGAGGUUGCCAAUUUGGAUGAAAAAACUCCCCGUGGGUCCCACCAGAUUUGUCAGCAACAAACCGAACAAAUAAUCUAGAUGACGAUGAUGAUGAUGGUGAUGAUGAUGAUGAUGAUUAAGUAGAAAGAUGGAGCUUGCUGACUUUUUAUUUUAAUUUUAAUUUUAUUUUUUAUGGGUGUGUGCAAAAUUUGUUUGUUGGCUCAAUCAUGUAAGUAUUACCUAGUUAAUUCAGCGCAACAAAUUCUUCCACAAGAACCAGUGGAAUUAGUCUCUCUAGAUAUAUGUUAUUUUGUCGGAGAAUGUCAUUAGUCUAUACAAAGAAUUCAAGUUAAAUGUUGAUAUUACUAUCAUUCA